AUGUCGAACCCCCCUUUACUCUUCCUAUACCAAACUCGAACCAUCCUUCGAAGCCGCCAUCUCCCUUCUGUGUCCCGGGCCUUGCAUGCGACACCAUCCCGUCGGCGGAGAGGCGACAAUGAUAUUCCCUUUGCAAGCGGCCGCCCGGGCGACGAUGUGCAUGUGCCUUUAGUCGAAGAAACCAAAGGCACCAUCACACCUACAGAACGACAGACCUUUGAUCGCAUCUUUACUGAUAUCGCAAAUCGAGGCCUAAAGCCGAGACUACAAGCAGACGGCCAGCCGCCCGGCGAAGUUACAAGACGAGCCACCAAUCUGAUUCUGGAAGCUGCCACAGUUGAUGCUACCGGCGAAGGAAUUUAUGGAAAAGCAAUCUCUGCACCUCAAUUUGCCGUCGCUGCCAAAGACAAGGAAAAGGCCCUUCUGAGAUUCCCUCCAUCCUUGCGAGCCGCCGCCAGUCGAGCUUUCGAGCUACUCAACCCCGAUCACUCAACCACCUACUCAUCCAGAGACGGCAGCAAAUCAGCCAAGAAGGGAUCCGACAACGCCGAGGCGGAAUGGCAGACACCUCAGAACACUUUCUUGCGCAUGGUUGAGGUGGACUCCAAGAGACUUCCUGAACAAAAUCGUGUCGAGGCUCUGAUGGCCAUGGCCAAGAGUGAUUUUGAACUUUGGGACGUCAUGGAGAAGGAGGUGUUCUCGUACCCGGAAAGGCUUGGCUUGCGAAAUGGAACCAUCCAACAAACAUCUGGCAGCAAAACAAAGGGAAGGAAUGCCAGGAACCGCCAGUCUCGAGCACAGCUCGCAACCCAGCUAUCUCGGGAGGAUGGGGCUUCUUCAGAGAGCACUACAGACGCAUUGAGGGGGGACCCAAAGCUAAACCUCUACAUCUACGGCCCGUUAUACCCAUCGUUCCUGUUGUUUGGUCUUCGACGCCUCGAUAAUGCCUUUGCCACACCAUCGCCACUGGCCCUAUCAGUCCUACCUCGAAUUAAGGAGCUUGGCCUGGAAUCCUUCGUCUUGGGCGUCUCGACCCCAUUCUACAAUGAGCUUCUGGACAUUCAAUAUGGUAGGUACGGCGACAUCUCCAGUAUGAUGGAUCUCUUGGAAGAGAUGAGCCAUUCUGGGCUGUACUUUGACGAAGGCACGGCCUCCGUCCUGAACAAGGCCUACAACCAGACUCAGGACCUAUCAACUGGCAGUCAUGGUCUUUUCGCCAAAGCACUCAUGACCAUGCCUGCAUACGAGCAAUCCGUGCGAAAUCGCAUAAGAUACUGGCACAGUAAGAUCGAUGUCUCCAUCGAACAGAGAGAUGCCGACAUUGAUUAUACGCGACUACAACAACAGUAG